AUGUCGUCCAUGAUCUCGUCUUCGAUAACGACGCUGCCAGCAACGAGCACAGCGAUAGCCACCGGCAACAGUGAACUGUCUGCGGGUGCGAAAGCUGGCAUCGGUGUUGGGGCAGCACUCGGAGCUAUCGCCUUGAUUGGUUUGGGGAUUUUCAUCGCUCAGGCGUUGCGAUGGCGCAAGAGAGCGCGAGAUGCGACUCCCUCGACCCGUGUACCUGAAGAGUACACGCCAAAGGACAUUUAUCGAUACGAGCAGGAUGGCAACCCUGCACAGUUAGCUGGCGGGGAAAGUGAACUGCACGAAAUGCCAGGAUCUGUGAGGGUUUCCGAGCUAGAUCAGAUUGAAGAGUAA